AUGCCUUUAUCUCCUCCAGACAAAGCUGAAGUGCUGACGGGAGAACUGUGGGUGGAGUCCAUUUUCAGUGACUGGGGUGUUGUGGGGACAGGAUCCAGCAGACAGGUGGAGGGCUUCAUGCUGUUUAUAAUCCUCUCCACUUCAGACUGGGAGAUAUCCAAGAAAGAAGAGACUCUGUGCUCUUGCAGCGUGACUUUGACUGCAGCGAUAGUUACGCUGCUUGAUUCGAGCCACGGGCAGCGCAGUCUCAUGCGCUUUGGCUUCAACCUACUCAAGAUUGUUGCAGCCAGCAUUGCGCAACACAAGUGGCGCGGGUUGGUCCGUCCAGCCAUACGGGCUGCUCUGAUCGCAGCCUCCUGUUUGGCCACCUGUUUGGCCACCUGUUUUGACGACGCGUUGUUUCUACUUCUUAUUUGGCGUGGAACCUCGUCCGGCCAGAUUCCACCUGCGCAGCUCACCUGCGUGCGCACCGUGUCCUCAAAGCCACAACGCUCUUCUCACUCUCUCCUACCUCCUAAAUAUUCAUCAGCUGCUCUAGGGUGGCACUCACUCUGCUCAAAGGACCUAUUCUUCUGA